AUGCCGUCCUCGUCUCCCUCCGUUCACCGGUUCCCCAGUCUCGCGCUGCUCCUCAUGGCCGCGACAGCAUCCGCUGCUCACUACAGUCUGCUCAGCGCGAGCGCGCCGGCGCACGCGGACACCGGCGGCAUGCAGCAGCACGCGGCGCCGGGCUCGGCUUACAGGCACGCGCACGCCGCCGCGCUGCUGCAGAGCGAGUUCGCGCUGCAGAACAGCAACGGCGGGAGUCACGCGCACCAGUGGAUCGCAGCCGCGCUGUCUCACGGCGGCGGGAGAGGAGGAUUAGGAGGAGGAUUGGGAUUAGGAGGAGGCGGUGGUAGUGGUGGAGGGGACGCAGCCGCGUGGACGUCGGCCGACAUCAAACCCACGAUCCGUGGCACCGGAGACGAGAUGCACGAGGACAACGACAACAGCGACGACAACAGCAACAACAAUAAUAACAACAACAACUCAAGCAGCGGCAACUUACAGCACAUGCUUCAUCACCACCACCAUCACCAUCAUCAGCAUCACGACGAGGACGCGGCGCGCGCGUGGAGGAGCGCGAGCGGCACGUCGGCGGCUCACCAGCAGAGUCUCGCGUACUCCGGCGGGUUCGGUGCGCUCAACGGGCUCGUGCCGGGCAUUCAAGCGCAUCACCAGGAGCACGAGCACGAGCACCACCAUCACCACAGCCCGCAUCUGCGCGAGCACCACCAGCACGAGCACCAGCACCACCACCGGAGCGUGCACGAGUCACCGGUGUCGGACGAGGACGCGACCCCGACGUCAGACGACCUCGAGCACUUCGCCAAGCAGUUCAAGCAGCGGCGCAUCAAGCUCGGCUUUACGCAGGCAGACGUCGGGCUCGCGCUUGGCACGCUCUACGGCAACGUGUUCUCGCAGACGACCAUCUGCCGGUUCGAGGCGCUGCAGCUCAGCUUCAAGAACAUGUGUAAGCUCAAGCCGCUGCUCAGCAAGUGGCUCGAGGAGGCGGACUGCAGCGCGAGCGGUGGCGGCGGCGGCACCGGCCUGGAUAAGCUCGCGGCGCAGGGCAGGAAGCGCAAGAAGCGCACGUCCAUCGAGGUGAGCGUGAAGGGCGCGCUCGAGAGCCACUUCCUUAAGUGUCCCAAACCGGCCGCGGCGGAGAUCACGAGCCUCGCGGACAGUCUGCACCUCGAGAAGGAGGUGGUGCGCGUGUGGUUCUGCAACCGGCGGCAGAAAGAGAAGAGGAUGACGCCGCCCGGGGUGCACGCCACGCACGGGACCGAGGACGCCAUGCUCGAACUCAAAGCGCAAAACGUGCAGUGAUGGAGAGAGAGAGAGAG